AUGAUGAGCACCGAUUACCAAGCUGAGUAUAUGCACAUGGGCAAUCCAGAAGAAUGGGAUUUGGAUUUGGAUUUGGAUUUGCUGGGUUGUGACAUGGAGGAGUUGUUUGAUUACAAAGUUGAUCAUCCUGGAUUAGCACCUAUUUCCGAGACUCCUCCUCACAUAAUCCCCCAGCAGCAGCAGCAGCAGCACCAGCACCAAUAUUCUUUUUCGUGGAGGUAUUCCCCAAGUCCAGAGGCGAUGGAGACAAUGAAGAAGAGGAGGCCUCACCUGUUUAGCUCAGGCUCGGCAUCAUUUGAUAUUCUGAACAAGUAUGGAAACAGGUGCAGAAGAUUAAACAGUGAAUUUUCAAAUAUUUCGACAAAAUCCGGCCUGAGUUCUGGCGAGCUGUCAAUUGAGAUGAUCAUUCAGUUGGCUGCAGAGAAUUUCAUCCAGACUACUUCCACUUGCCAGGGUGGUGAUCUCUGUGUGCUCAGCCACAGCCCCCCAUAUCCAGGUUCAAUCUUGUGCCAUUCCAAAGAAGACUAUGAAGGGAUUCAGCUUGUCCAGAGCCUCCUCUGCUGUGCUGACAAAGUGGGCAAGAGGCAGUACGAAAGCGCCUGCAAGCUCUUACAUGAAUGUGAUAGAAAGAGCUCCCCUGAGGGGACUCCUGUCCAGAGAUUAGUGUUCUAUUUCUCCGAAGCCCUGCACGAGAAGAUUGACAGGGAAACUGGAAGAAUCACUUCAAAGGGCUUGGGGAAGAAGGUUCAGGAUCCUCUAGAGGCUUUGCACAGCCCUGACUCGGCUCAGAUUGCGUUCCACAAAGAGCAUCCUCUUUCCCAGAUCACCAAAUUUGCCGGGAUUCAAGCUGUAUUAGAUAACAUAGCUGAUGCAACCAAGGUCCACUUCAUUGAUUUCGAGAUCCGGAAAGGAGUACAAUGCAUAGUGUUGAUCCAAGCUCUUGCCACUGCUAGGCGUCACCAUCCUAUAGAUCAUCUCAAGAUCACUGCUGUUGGGACGAGAUCGAAACAAAGCAUGGAGGAGACAGGUAGACAAUUGAUGAGCUUUGCUCAGUGCGUAGGCUUGAACUUCUCUUUUGAUGUAAUCAUGGUAGAUGACAUAUCAGACCUCAAUGGAAACCUCUUCCAGCUUGAUGAUGAUGAAGCCAUUGCUGUGUACGUGGCGUACGCUUUGACACAUAUGAUCAGUAGGCCCAAUCAGCUUGAACAUUUAAUGGGAGUCAUCAAAUCACUCAAUCCAUGUGUUAUGGUUGUGACAGAAGUUGAGGCUAGCUGCAAUUCUCCAAUGUUUGUGGACCGAUUCGUUGAAGCUCUCUUUUUCUACGGUGCAUAUUUUGAGUCCAUGGCGAACUGUUUGAAGAAUGAUGAGAAGCACAGGUCCCUGGCUGAAGGAACAUGCUUCAGUUCAUCAAUAAGGAAUAUGGUUGCGGCUGAGGGAGAGGACAGGAAGAUUCGGCAUGUAGGCAUCGAUGUCUGGAGGGCUUUCUUCAUGCAAUGCAGCCUUGAGGAGAUAGAACUCAGUACAUCCGCGUUAUACCAGGCACAUCUUGUGCUUAAGAACUUCACUUCCGGGGAUUGCUUCACUUUUGACAUGGAUGGUAGAAGUUUGAUUAUUGGCUGGAAGCGAACACCGAUAUGUUCUCUAUCUGCAUGGAAAUUUCAAUGUCCUCAGUGA